AUGUCGGUCGCGAGCUCGGCCACCGCCUCUACUGCGAACCCAAGCGGUCAGCGAAAACGCCGCGGCAAGAAGAACAGCGAGAAGAAAGAUGGCUCGGCCAGCUUCACCACAACCGGUUCCGACGGCGCGUCUGUCGUUGCCACCAACGCUGCCGGCAAGGUCAUCAAGCGUCGUGCUGCCCGCGCCUGCGUCAGCUGCCGGAAUCGCAAGGUUCGCUGCGACGUGGUCGAGACCUUUCCCUGUGGCAACUGUCGCUGGGACAAGAUCGAGUGUGUGGUCCAGGAGGGCCGAAGACGACGGAGAGGUCUCUUCAACGCACGUGAGACUGCAGGUGUCCUGCAGGGCGCCGAUGCAUUCCGUAGCCACAACCAAGAACACGGCCAUGACCACGAACACGACCACGACCACAGCCAUGGUUCUGUAAACGGCUCCAUCAGCAGUGUUAGCGGCUUCGACUUCAGCAACGCCUUUGGUGGUGACGCCCCUCAGUCUUCUGUCGCCGCCUCGGGCAACUCCUUUGACACUCUCUCCGACAACAAUCUUCCCUUCCCCUGUGUCAAUCUGGGCAAUGCUGCUUAUGGUGGCAACGCUUUGUUGCUUCCAAAAACCUCAUCGGCCCAACAACCAUCCGCCGACCCUGCAGCUCCGUCUCUCAACCUGGCCGCCUUUCCGCUGCUGCCUCUCAACGGCCUCCUUGGCGACCCACAACAGCAGGCGUCCGCUCUGCUUCCCGGCUUCAUCAGCCCGCUCCCGGGCAAAAUGGCUCCGGAAGACGUCGUGUAUUUGCAUAGCAAAGGCGCCUUUACUCUCCCAGACGAAACUCUGCAGAGGGCCCUUCUGCACGCCUAUGUCGAGUUCGUCCAUCCAUACAUGCCGCUCCUGGAGCUCAACUCGUUCCUGCAGGUGGUUAGCAGCCGCGAUGGCAGCAACGGCACCAUCAGCCUCCUGCUCUACCAUGCCGUCAUGUUCGCCGCUGCGUCCUUUGUGCCGGCUAAGUAUCUCAAAGCGGUUGGCUUCAGCCGCCGCCGCGAGGCGCGGAAGACCUUCUUCAUGAAAGCAAGGGCCCUGUACGACUUCGAUUAUGAGACAGACCGUCUCACAUUAGUCCAGGCGCUUCUUCUCAUGACGUACUGGUACGAGACGCCCGACGACCAGAAGGACACCUGGCACUGGAUGGGCGUUGCCGUGUCUCUGGCGCACACUAUCGGUCUCCACCGCGAUCCUCGCACGACAGGCGAGCCGCUUCACCGCCAGCGUCUGCGAAAACUGAACUCUGGUGAUGCCGACGUGCCCAUGCUCGCGCCGGUGGAUUUCGAGAAGACCAUACUGCCCGACAGCAUCGACUCUGUCCCGACCGAGUGCCGCCUAGUGCGCGACCUAGAGAUGCAGGAGAAGCUGGCCGAGCUGUGCGUUGAGAAGGCGAAGCUCUGCGUCCUUGUCGGCAACAUGCUGCACCAGCAGUACACCAUCCUGCCUCGGGGCCGCCAGCGUUCGGCGGAUUCAGCUGGUUCGAACAGCACCAUGAUGCUGUUCCCGAAUCGACCGGUCAACGAGGAUGGCCAAGGCAACGGACCGAGCGUAGUGGACAAAAUCGACGCCAAGCUGCGCGCCUGGUUGCUGGCCCUGCCGCCGUCAUGUCGCUAUGCCGCUCUGACGCCGGCAGACGUGCAGAACGGCCGGGCCACCAUCGCCGUGCAGCGCACGCUUUUGCAUCUUGUAUACCACACGACCAUGUCGGCACUACACCGGCCGCGGAUACAGCCGGUGGGACCUGGCUCGCCCAUGCUGCCCAUCGAGCAGCAGGAGUUUUCGCGGGCCCGCGUGCGCGACGCUGCCAACUGCGUCACCCGCAUGGGUGGCGAGCUGUUGCGGCUUCGUCUAGAGUCGUAUCUGCCGACCGCUGGCGUGACCGUCUUCCUGCCGGCCAUGUUCGCACACCUGCUCGAUAUUAAGGGUGGCGUGCCACGUGAACGUCGCCAGCAGGCCGUAUAUGGCUUCCUCACAUGUAUGCGGAUCAUGGAGAGCCUUCGUGAAACGUAUGCGGCCGCCGAGAUCGCCAAGGGUUUUGUCGAGUCACUCCUGAAAAAGGCCGGCAUCGAUCUCUCCGCCGUCGUCAACUUUGGUGCUGACGGCGCGUACGGCAUCAACAGCGGCCACAGCGGCAACAGCGGCAAUAGCUGCAUGUCCGCUGAGGAUGGUACCGGCACACCCAUCAAUGGCACCUCCGUCUCCCUUCUUAACGCCACCUCCAACGUGGCAGUGCCGUACACUGAAGAUGGUGUCGCCCACGCCGUCAGUGUAUAUGCUGCCACCACCCCCAAGGCAACAGCACACCCCAUGACACCCGCUGAUAACAAUAUCGCCAACGCUGAUUCGUCACCGGCUUACCGAAUGACACCUGCUGCCAAAUCCGCUUCCCGGGACGCGCAACAGAACUGUGCAGAUGGUGGUAUCUCAGCGACUGCUGCAUCCAGCAGCUCGGCUGGCUCUGCUGCCAGCUCGGAUGUGGGAACUGCCAGCGCCUCCAGCACCAAUCAUAUGUCCGUCAACGCCAGCAUGACCGGUGUCGAUGCCAAUAGCAGCAACGAACAGAUGUGCGGCCUGACACCUUUGGCUGGCGCAGCGUCGGAAGAUCCGUUCGAAUGGGACGUCGCGGUGGCAGACCCUAACAGCAUGAAGCUGGACUUUGACCAGUGGCUGGACUUCCCCCCCGAGGGCAUGGGCAGUAGUACGGAUCAUGCUUUCUUAUUUAACAACACAUUUGGAAACGAGUCGAUGCAACAGCCGGAAUACUAG